UAAAAUUUGAAAAAACUAAAUCACCGCCGCCAGCCAUGCCGCCAAAGUUCGAUAUGACCCAAGUUGUCGACUUCUUCGUUCGGGUCACCGGCGGUGAAGUCGGAGCUGCUAGUUCCCUGGCACACAAAAUCGGUCCUUUGGGGAAGGGUUUACGUGUUACCGUCAAGGACUGGAAGGGUUUACGUGUUACCGUCAAACUGACCGUCCAGAACCGUCUAGCGAAAGUGACGGUGGUUCCCUCCGCCGCCGCCUUGGUGAUCAAGGCAUUGAAAGAGCCUGAAAGGGACCGUAAGAAGUCGAAGAACAUAAAGCAUAAUGAGAACAUUAGCCUUGAUGAUGUGAUCGAGAUUGCCAAAGUGAUGAGACCCAGAUCCAUGGCUAAGGAUUUGAGAGGAACCGUGAAGGAGAUUUUGGGAACUUGAGUCUCUGUUGGCUGUACGGUUGAUGUCAAAGACCCUAAAGAUGUGCAGGAGGAAAUUUCUGAAGGGGAGGUUGAUAUCCCCUUGGAGUAAAACUAGUGAUUGGUUUUCUUCUUUUUUUUCUUUUCAC